UUGUACCCCUAUUGUAACUACCGAAUUGUAACAGUGUCAUGCAUUUUCAAAUUUAAGUCAUUUGAAAUUGAUCUAUUGUGCUGAUUAGGAAUAGGAACUCACUAAAGUGGCCGCGGUGGUGCAGCGUUUAGUGUUGCCAUCCCACAACACGAGGUUCUCGGGUUCGAUUUUCAGUUGGGGUGCUUUCUGUGUGGAGUCGUGUGGGUUUCCUCCAUCUACUCAGGUGUCCUGUCCUCCCACGUCCCGAAGACUUGCAGUAGGUAGACUAGAGACGCACUAAAUUGGUUGUAUGUGAGACUGAGUGAGUGGUAUGAAUGAACUGCGACACGGCUGGCUACCCGGCAGUGUAAAAACUUUCGAGAUGAUUAUCACUGCUAAAAUGACAACCCGACUUCAUGCGCUUACGCCGCUUAAUGAGAAACAGGGUUGAGGAUGGAUAGAUAGGGACUGUCAGAGCAGUUCUGCUUGAAGACGACGGACCCCUUUUUUUCUGAAAACGUUGCGUUAGCAUUUCUUUUUUGCUGGGAAUACAUUUAGUAUAUUGUAAAAACUGUUACACCGCUGCACAAAAGUAUCAUUGGUCAGUGCCACUGUUAUUAAUGAAUUCCUUGAUGUUCCAAUAUUUGCAGCUUACUUGGGGUAAAUGUAGUGUAUAAAGAUGUUGGUAACGGAGGUGCAACAGCAGUACUGUUGCAAUUACUGCUAAAUCUUGGUUUAUGAAUGUAUUGCUCAAAAGAUGACGCACGUCUCACGUGGAGCCAGCUAUACAGAUAAAAAGGCAAAUAAAUCAAAGUAAUUUCCUUAUCCAAACAAGCAAUGAGCGCUCACAGUCGCGGUUUCUGAAUUCAAUUUCCAGUACAAUACAUUUCCUGGACAGACCUCCUUGGUGGGUUAUAUCUGUCAUUUAAGGAAAGUGAUAAUGAAAUGUCAGAUGACAUGGAGACACCGGCGCAUCGGUAUCUCAGUCUGUACGUGCAGGAGUCUAACAACAUACCCUCAUAAUUUUAGUUUGGAUACGUGAACCAUCUUUACGUCCCAAGGCAAGCAGAACAAAGUGAUCCACUGCAGGAGUCUGGAAGGUGUAUUCCUACAAGUCUAGGCGCACCCACUCCCUCCCCUUACAAAGAGUUAAGUUAUAAAAGGGAACGCAGCGCGCAGUAUGCAGUUCUUCUCCAAUACGUUUAAUAAGGACCCAGAGAAACCAAACAAUCCCCGACCACCAAUCUUAUCCAGAAAAGAGCAGAAGCAAUCGUUGAGUAAAAUCACCAUGCUUUGCAAAUGCUAUGUACACAGGGACGGAACAGGGUGCUAAUUCCAUGUGCAAGCCUCCAUCAUUCACGCUUCACAGUCUCAUUCCUGUGUAGAACAUGUGCGCAAAAAGGAAAUCCAGAUCACACCAAUGAACUUAUUCAAUCGAAAGCAGCUGUGUGGAAGCUAAUUAACAGAUGUUACAAAACCUCAGGUUGGAAAUAAGGCUAACGGUGGAGGACAGGGCACCCUCUGCCAGCUGUUCUUUGGGGGAUUCGGUAUCAGCAGCACCCAUGCACCAGCCCUCCUGUACGUUUGCAGUCCGUGCAAAACCACAUUAGCACCCUAUGUCCCCCGUCCUCGGUGGUCAACAUCACUGCCAUGGAGCAAAGGCUGAACGUAACUCAAGAGGCACUGAACAAACUGCUGGAAGAGCACAACAUGAGCAGAGAAGAAUUCAUCUCUGCCUAUAGACUUAAACCCCUGGUUUACAUCCCCGAACUACCGUUUAAUGCUAAGGUUAUUUUUCUCGUACUGUAUGUCAUCAUCUUCAUAAUGGCCCUUAUCGGCAAUAGCCUGGUUGUGUACAUCAUCAUCCGCAGAAAAGCAAUGAGGACUGCCACGAAUAUCUUCAUCUGCUCACUGGCCUUCAGCGACUUGUUGGUAACUUUCUUCUGUAUCCCUUUCACCCUGCUUCAGAACAUUUCUUCGGAAUGGUUAGGUGGACCUUUUGUAUGCAAAAUCGUUCCAUUUAUACAGACCACAGCAGUCGUUGCUAGCACCCUCACAAUGACAUGUAUUGCAGUGGAAAGAUACCAAGGAAUAGUCCAUCCUCUGAAGAUGAAGAGACAGUACACAAACAGGAGAGCUUAUAAAGUGCUCGGAUUUGUCUGGAUAAUUGCAGUCAUUGUUGGAUCUCCGAUGCUGUAUGUGCAGACACUUGAGGUUAAGUUUGACUUUCUGUACAACCUGACACACGUCUCUUGUCUGGAGUCCUGGCACAGUAUUGAACUUCGACGGGCAUAUGCCAUCUUUAUCUUGGUGGCCUUAUUCCUUGUGCCACUCACUGCAAUGUUACUGCUUUACUCCAAGAUUGGAUAUGAGCUAUGGAUCAAAAAAAGGAUUGGUGAUUCUUCCGUCCUAAACACACUCAGUCGGAAUGAGAUGGCAAAGAUAACCAGGAAGAAGAAACGUGCAGUUAUUAUGAUGGUCAUUGUAGUUCUCUUUUUCACCACAUGCUGGGCACCUUUUCAUGUGGUCCACAUCUUAUUUGAAUAUAAUAACUGGGAAGAAUACGAUGAUGUCACAGUCAAAAUGAUCUUUGCUAUAGUUCAAGCAAUUGGAUUUUUCAACUCAUUCAACAAUCCUGUUGUGUACACUUUUAUGAAUGAAAAUUUCAAAAAGAAUUUUUUGGCCAUACUCUCCUGUUGUUUCAAGAGAAUGGGGCAACAUGGCAAAGGUGGCAGCCUUAGGAUAAGUACAGGCAAAUCAAAAACAAGUGCACUGGGCAACAGGAAGGAUGCAAGGAAUUUGGAGAGCCAGCUGAGUGCAGACAACUUGGAACUGAGGCUCUUCGAUCAAAUGCCAUCGGACAACCAAGAAUCCGCUCAUUCAUCAAAACUGGGGACAUGUACAUUGUCUGAAUCAUGUAAUGACAAACUACCUGUUGGCCAGUCAACAUAAUGAUAGAAAAAAUAUCUGCAUCUGACAGAUCAUGUAAAAGCUAGUACUGGAGAAUGGGAACUGUUUUACUUACUGCCCAAUGUGCACAAUUCAAAAAUAGGAAUAACAUUUUCAAGAAGAAUGACAUCUAAAUGCAUUCAGCAGCAUGAUCAGGACCAAUAUUUGACAUUUUCAGACAGCCAUUUAAUUUAGUAGCGGUAGGCAAUUUCGGACAGAUCAGAGUCAGCUCUACAGUUCCAAAGUUUCAGAUUGUUACUGCUGAACUAUAUAGUCACAUUUAGACCAAUCAUUCCUUUGAAAAGAAACAAAGCCCAUUGAAUAAUAUUAGACAAGUACAGUAAGUUACUUGUAGAUACAUGCAGAGUGGAUAGUAGAUCGACUUAGACAGGAAAAUUGCAUAAGUAACCUUUAGAGGAUGCUUUCAGUGGGACUGCAUUCUGCUUCAAACAGUAGGUAUGGGAUCCUGCAGUAGGUCAGUGCAGGUUGUAACACCUGAUGUAGGGCAACAUUUAUGGAAAAUUAUCUCAGGAAUAUAGCUGUCUUGUAUAAGUGACUGUCCUUCCCAAGUCCAUCAGACAUAUUUAAGCCACUUACAGAUAAAAUUGGAUACCUCUAUGUCCAUUUUCCUUAUGCAUUUAAUGCUCUAGGCUUCAUCUCCCUGUGCCUCCAAGCAUUUCUGCAAUGACGACUGUAUCGAUUGUGUUUGAUAAAUUAAUUCCAUCCACGUAAAAUAAAAUGAUCUUCAAGCAUGUCUGGAAAGCAAAUGCUCUUCUGAAAGCUAAUUGGACUGUCAGUGUGCCAUGGAUAGUACAGACAGGACCCUAGGCUGACAAAUUUAUUUGCACAUCACUAUGAUGAUUUUUUUUUUUUUUUGACAAUCUGUUCCGUCUAUGGGAAGUCCGCAGUGUUCUAAAUACUCUGGUAUAAAACAGUAGUGUCUAUACUAGCUGCAUCUUUUAUGCUCAAGAUCACAACUUUGCCCGCUUACAUCUUUAGCACUAGUGUGUUUUUGGUAUAUAUCCUAGUUCAUUGGAUUAAUUUAUUUAACCACGGUGACACAUUGAUACUAAAAGUACCAAUUUCAGGUCUUGAUCAGUUGCAAUGCACAGAACACAAAAACUCAAUGUACAACUAUUAAUUAAUUCAGAUAAGGCAUCUAUGAAUAAAUGCUGCGCUUUUUUAACAUCAGUCAAAUGCUUUACACACUAAAGUUCUUGGAAUUUUACUUGAGGAAAGCCAUUGUAUGCUGUUAAUUAAAAAAAUUGCUUAAACUGCCA